CAUUUCUCUUGCGUAGCUCUGUGGGUGGAGAUGUUGAUACCAGAGAGGACGUCUUGCAUGGCCGACGAGUUUACCAGGCGCUACAAUUUAUACACAUUGUUUAACCUGUUUCUAGUGUCGAGUGUGUGUUAACUUUGUAUAGGGAAACGUUACAAACGGAAAAUAUUUUAGUGCUUUUACUUUUUUGCGAGCUAGUCGCUCGUGUUCCAUGGGCUUCACCCACGCCUCGUGUGAUAGCUGACGGAAAUUAAACAACUUAAACAUCGCUGCUGGUUGAAAACGGGUUUGUUCUGAACUUAAUUCCGUAACAUGUGUUCACUUCGUCGUUGCUACUAAUCGAGAAGAGGAAGAGUUGUGUCUUUUUUCCUGCGUCCUCUGUGGUCACCUGCUGUCCACACAUGCAGCCGCUCCUGGUCAGCAGACCCAACUCUGUGGAUACAUUCAUGGAGCAAGGUUAAGGUCAGACAAACCUUUAAAUCCUUCCCUACGAAUCCUCUGACCAGGUUAAAAACUACUUCGUCCUCGGAUAUUAAUGGACACUUGAUUAUUUUGCUACCAAAACAACGCAAGAGGGCGCCUUUUUGUUAUUUUUGGGAAAAGAAGGCAGGCGACAUGGUGGUCAACACCAUACACUGGUUCAGGAAGGGACUACGGCUGCACGACAACCCGUCCCUGAGGGACUCCAUCCAGGGAGCGGACACCCUGCGCUGCAUCUACAUCCUGGACCCCUGGUUCGCAGGGUCCUCCAAUGUGGGCAUCAACAGGUGGAGGUUUUUGUUGCAUUGUUUAGAGGACUUGGAUGCCAGCCUGCGCAAACUCAACUCACGCUUGUUUGUCAUUAGAGGCCAGCCCACAGAUGUCUUCCCUCGUCUUUUUAAGGAAUGGCACAUCACCCGUUUAUCUUAUGAAUAUGACUCUGAGCCGUUUGGCAAGGAACGUGAUGCCGCUAUCCAAAAGCUAGCCAAAGAGGCUGCGGUAGAGGUCAUGGUGCGGAUUUCACACACCCUCUACGAUCUGGACAAGAUCAUAGAACUCAAUGGUGGUCAGUCUCCUCUAACAUACAAGCGCUUCCAGGCCCUCAUUAACCAUAUGGAUGCUGUGGAGCUGCCUGUGGAGACAAUCACAUCUGAGUUUAUUAAAAAAUGUGCCACACCCAUCAGUGAAGACCAUGACGAGAAGUUUGGGGUGCCGUCUCUGGAAGAACUUGGUUUUGAGACAGAGGGCCUGAUCACAGCAGUAUGGCCAGGUGGAGAAACUGAAGCCCUCAUGAGGCUAGAACGGCAUCUGGAAAGAAAGGCAUGGGUGGCAAACUUUGAGCGUCCACGCAUGAACGCUAACUCCCUGCUGGCCAGUCCCACAGGACUCAGCCCUUACCUGCGCUUUGGAUGUCUUUCCUGUCGGCUCUUCUACUUCAAACUUACUGAUCUGUACAGGAAGGUCAAGAAGAACAGCACCCCACCUCUUUCCUUGUAUGGCCAGCUGCUGUGGAGGGAGUUCUUCUAUACGACUGCCACCAACAACCCCUGCUUUGACAAGAUAGAGGGAAACCCUGUCUGUGUCCAGAUCCCCUGGGACAGAAACCCAGAGGCGCUGGCCAAGUGGGCAGAGGGACGGACGGGCUUUCCCUGGAUAGACGCCAUUAUGACCCAGCUAAGGCAGGAGGGAUGGAUCCAUCACUUGGCGAGGCAUGCUGUGGCCUGCUUCCUUACCAGGGGAGACCUCUGGAUCAGCUGGGAGGAAGGCAUGAAGGUCUUUGAAGAGUUGCUGUUGGAUGCAGACUGGAGUGUGAACGCUGGCAGCUGGAUGUGGCUCUCAUGCAGCUCAUUUUUCCAGCAGUUUUUCCACUGCUAUUGCCCAGUAGGAUUUGGACGACGUACGGAUCCCAACAGUGACUACAUACGGCGUUAUUUGCCCAUAUUAAGGGGCUUUCCAGCCAAGUACAUCUAUGAUCCCUGGAAUGCCCCAGAGGAAGUGCAGAAAGCAGCCAAGUGUAUCAUAGGAGUUCACUACCCCAGGCCCAUGGUGAACCAUGCUGAGGCCAGCCGCAUCAACAUAGAACGGAUGAAGCAAAUUUACCAGCAGCUUUCCUGCUACAGAGGACUGGGUCUGCUGGCAACAGUACCUGCCAAUCCCAACAAUGGUGCAAGUGGCAGUAAUGUUGCAGGGGUCAGCACAGGGACUAGUCAGGGUCCAGGAGGAUUCUCUGAAGACCAGUCCAUUCAGGAGGGAACAUCUCGAACAGAAAGAGGACAGUCGGCGCAGAAACGACGCCACGAAGAAGCUCCGUCCGAGAACAGCUCUAAAUCCUGGCGGCAGAGCAAAUAAUGUGCAAAAGACAGAAAACAAAGGGUGCCUCUGUGGGUUUGUAUCAUCUGGUAGCACUCUCUCCUGCAGUGCUGUCAGUUAACACACAGUAAUAACUGAGAGUAACAACUGUGGAGGAGACAGAAUGGAGGUGCUGGACCCCCGCAGUAUAUGAUACGAUAUGAUAUAAGAUUGUCACAAGUUGGACUGGACAGUCAGCUGUAACACAUCUUGGUCUUCAUAUUCUGUAAGACACAAAACACAUCUCAGGAACAGAGGAAUAAAUUGAGAGGAACUGGUCAUAUUUGAGAAACAAUGAAUCUCUAAAGUCCUCACAUCAGGGUGUCGUGAGGCCACCUGUUGUCUUCCACUACAGUAGGUGUGGCCUCCACACCUUAAUGUGAAAAUGUCAGAAUUGGAAAUCUGAACCCCAUCUCAGUGAUGGGAUUUGUUGUGUACAGCUGACACCCUCACCCACCACUGGCACACAGACAUAAGAUUACCUGGAUGAAACACUGACAUACAUUAAAUACCCUGGAUAAACAGAGUCGUAUCUUUUCUCAAAAAUGAGGCACUUAAAUGUUUCAUAUCAAGAAUAUUACAUCACUCUGUUGUGAAUGUACAUAUGUGAGAUUUUUUUGUAGAAUACAAUGGUCUGAUGUACAGUAGUGAAGAAAAUUAGAAGCAAGACUAUUGGCAAUAAAGCAAGCCUUAUAAAGGCCAGGGCUCCAGACUUUCCACUAGAAACACUGGUGUUCCCUACUCAAAAUUUUAGGAGCACCAGCACCACUUGAAGCAUGCAAUCCAAAACGUUCACAUUUUUUCCAUAUUAACUGUAUUACUGCUAAACGCUUUGGUAAUAAAUAGGACAAUACAGAAAGAGUGUUUCAUGUUUAAAGUCUGCAGUCCAGUAUGAGGACCUAGUUUACUCCCCCACCAAUGUUGGCCCACACCAAAAGCAGCAAAUAUGAUGUUCCUUUCUUUUCAAUAUCUCAGCCAUGUAAACUGUGUGAACAAUACCAGCAAGAGUUGCUGUUUUCAACACAAGAACACCUCCACUUUAAUCACUCUUAUGUCACUCACACACUAGUUCUUGCUCCCUCCUGAUGUUGCGCAUGAUGCAGGCGCCGGUGCUCCUGGUUAUAUAAUUUUGUAGCACCGUCUCCAAGAGUGGUUGCAAAAUGUGACUAAACGGUCACAGUCUGGAGCCCUGAAGGCUGUCAUAUGUUUUGUAAAUAUUUAUUGUUUUUGAUUUCCAACUUUUGUAUAUUUAGUCAUGGAAUUUCACAACUCCUUUUGUAAAUAAUGUGUUACCAAAACUCAAAAGUUCUACCGUGAAUGCAUGUGCUUUUGUCUCCUAUAUGAUCGUAAAUCUGUUAUUUUUGUAUAAAGAAUGACCAAAUUCUAUAUUUAAUUCUGUAUUGAAAUGGCAAUACAAGAUGGAAACAUUG